AUGGGAAAUUUUUGUGGUAAAGCAGAGAUGGGUACAGCCGAGGAAAUCAAGGCUAAUCAUUCCAUCAAUCAUAUGUUGAAACAAGCAAGAUCAAAAUUAGAGGGUGAAAUUAAACUACUUCUUUUGGGUGCUGGUGAAUCUGGAAAAUCAACUAUUGCUAAACAAAUGAAGAUUCUGCAUUUGAAUGGUUUCACAGAUGAAGAAAGAUUAUCAUAUAAAACUAUUAUCUAUAAUAAUACAGUUGGUUCAAUGAGAGUUUUGGUCAAUGCCGCAGAGGAACUAAAGAUUGGUAUCAGCGAGAGCAACAAGGAAGCAGCAUCGAGAAUCGCCAACGACUUGGGCGAGCACUUCAAUGGUGUUCUCACACCAGAGUUGGCUAAAGACAUCCAAGCAUUGUGGGCCGAUCCAGGCAUUCAAACCGCCUUUUCCAGAUCAUCAGAGUUCCAGUUGAACGAUUCCGCCGCAUACUAUUUCGAUUCGAUCGAGAGAAUCUCCAAACCAACCUACCUGCCAUCGGAAGCCGACGUCUUGCGUUCGCGUACCAAGACCACCGGUAUCAUAGAGACAGAGUUUGAGGUGCAAGGAACCAGCUUCAGAAUGGUCGACGUCGGUGGUCAGCGUUCAGAGCGUAAGAAGUGGAUGCACUGUUUCCAAGAGGUCACAGCCGUCAUAUUUUGCGUGGCACUCAGCGAGUACGAUUUGAAACUAUACGAAGACGACACCACCAAUCGUAUGCAAGAGUCACUGAAGCUCUUCAAGGAGAUUUGCAACACCAAGUGGUUCUCAGAGACUGCCAUGAUCCUCUUUUUGAACAAACGUGAUCUCUUUGCCGAGAAGAUUACCAAAUCACCGCUUACCACCUGCUUCAAAGAAUAUAACGGUGCUUCCACCUACGAAGCUUGUGCAGACUACAUCAAACACCAAUUUUUGAACCAAAACGAAAAUCCAAAGAAAUUAAUCUAUCCACAUUUGACUUGUGCUACCGACACCUCCAAUAUUGCACACGUAUUCAACAGUGUAAAAGACAUCGUACUCAAUAUUACAUUAGAUGAAGCUGAAUCUGGUCUGUUUAAGUUUUUUGCUUAA